AUGGGAAAAUACACCGUCCUCAUCAAUAUUUGCAAGAUUCCCCUUCUUCUCUUCUUUCUCUACAUGUUCAUCUGUUCUCUGGACAUCCUCAGCUCAGCCUUUCAGUUAGCUGGCGGUAAGGUUGCAGGGGACAUCUUCAAGGACAAUGCGGUCCUAUCUAACCCUGUGGCAGGACUGGUGGUGGGAAUACUGGUCACUGUCCUGGUCCAGAGUUCCAGCACCUCCACCUCCAUUGUUGUCAGUUUAGUUUCCUCUGGAUUGUUGGAUGUUGGAUCUGCCAUUCCUAUCAUCAUGGGCUCUAACAUCGGUACUUCUGUCACCAACACAAUCGUGGCUCUGAUGCAGGCAGGAGAGAGAGAGGAGUUCAAACGGGCGUUUGCGGGUGCCACAGUCCAUGACUGCUUUAACUGGUUGUCAGUGCUUGUGUUGCUGCCACUGGAAGUCGUCACUAGUCUGAUGAAGCUGGCUUCUGAGGCAGUAGUGAAAAGUUUCAACAUCAAGACUGGAGAAGAUGCACCAGAGCUCCUGAAAGUCAUCACAGAACCCGUCACCAAACGUAUUAUUCAGCUGGAUAAGUCAGUUAUUGUAGGCAUUGCAACAGGACAAGAGAUGAUGUGGAAUAAAAGCCUGAUUAAAGUUUGGUGCAAGUCUCCAUUAAUGGUCCAAGAGAAUGUUUCUUUAGCAGUCUCAAAAAACUCCACAAUGCCAACUACAUCACUUCACAUCAAUGUUGAAAAAUGUUCUCAUCUAUUUGUGGAAACCCAAUUGUCUGAUCUGGCUGUGGGAUUGAUUCUGCUGGCUUCCUCACUGCUGGUGCUCUGUUCCUGUCUCCUGCUGCUGGUUAAGCUACUGAACUCCCUUCUCCAGGGCCAAGUGGCCAAAGCCAUUCAGAAAAUCAUCAACACAGACCUUCCUUUUCCAUUUGGCUGGUUGACAGGCUACCUGGCCAUUCUGGUUGGGGCUUGCAUGACCUUUGUGGUUCAGAGCAGCUCUGUGUUCACUUCCGCAAUAACUCCUUUAAUUGGUAUUGGCGUGAUAAGUAUUGAGCGUGCCUACCCUCUAACACUGGGCUCCAAUAUUGGGACGACUACUACAGCCAUCUUAGCUGCAUUAGCUAGCCCAGGAGACCAGCUAGCUGCUGCCUUUCAGGUUGCUCUAUGUCAUUUCAUCUUCAACAUUCUGGGCAUAAUACUUUGGUACCCACUGCCUCUUAGCCGUAUCCCCAUCUGCAUGGCACAAUUUCUGGGUGCACAAACAGCAAAAUAUCGGUGGUUUGCAGUGCUGUACCUGAUUCUCUGCUUCCUUCUACUGCCGUCCAUUGUCUUUACCCUCUCCAUCGCUGGUUGGCAGGUCCUGGUGGGUAUCUGUGGACCAUGUGUUGUUUUCCUAGUCUGUAUUGUAGUGGUAAAUAUAAUGCAAUCACAAAAGCCUCACCUCCUGCCAUGGUGGCUGCGCACAUGGGACUACCUACCUCUCUGGAUGCAUUCACUCAAACCAAUGGAUGCCAUCAUUACAAGAGUGACAUUAUGCUGCAGGAAUGGCCGGAGCAAUGAUCAGAGCUGCACGUCUCCUGAGGAUCCCCCACAGUUGUCAGUAUGUGACGAGAAAAAUAAGGUGCCUAUGGCAUAUAAUAACCCAGCUCUGAUUUAUAAGUAUGAUUUUGAGAUUGGGGCUUUUGGCACUGACAUGCAGAAUGGAAAGAGCAGCCGACUAUAGACUAUAUGGUCCUUAAAAUACAUUUUGGUUAAAAUUUGCAAAUUAUUGGGACAUUGCACCUCAACAAUUAGCUUUACAUUUCCAUUUAAUCAGUUCACUUUAAAAAAAAAAAAAAAAAAAAAAAAACACUGAACUUCCUUGACCCCCAUGAGUCAUUGUAUAAUUUGACCACUAAUAAAAAUGGUACUUUCUUAUUAUGAUAAAACAUCUUUAAAUAAAUAUUGUG